AUGGCCAUCACUGAAGAAAGAAAACUCCACUGGACCCAGCGGCUUGCGCUUGUACGGCACAAUCUGCAUGCUGCCAGACGCACGGGUGAUUUUACCUUUUUCAAGACCCUCCAAGUACAAGCCUUCUUGGACAACAUCGACUACGUCGCCAUCUUGACAGCCAACCUAGGAGACGAAGCAGACACGGUGCUAGCGACACUUGAUAACCUCAACGUCGGCAUUGCAUAUGUCCACCAAGAUGCCUUCAAAAACGUCUACGACAGCGCCAAAGCCAUCGUUUGCGCCGACAAUGGCAACGACCCCACUACACGGGCUAAGAUUUGUGUCGAUGCGUCCCAGCAAAAUCAGAUCGCAGACUUCGCCAUAGACAAGAUGUCCAACUCCGCCCGGAACUUCAUCGAAUCGCAGCCGCCUGCCUGUCAAGAUGCCAUCGCCAACGUCUUGAUCACAGGAACCACCAUUGUCGCCGACGCAAUCAAGGUUUGCAUGAUGCAGACCGAGCGCAUCGAGAGCACCAUGGGUGACUUCCUACGCCUCGAGUACUCCUGGCAGACAGUGCAAGCCGCCGUUGACUCUGCUGUCGGCGCUCUUAGAGGCAUCUUCUGUCUCAUGGCUGUUGCGGAGCCGGAGAGUCCUGCCAACCGCAGCACGUCCGUUUCUUCCACCGGAUCAUCCAUCUUCAAGCGGCUCUCGACUGUGUUGACAAGCAGUCACAAUGCUCACCACCCAUCCACAGUCGAAAUACCACCACCGGCAACUACGAGGUCCAUGAGCGUCGCUUCAGCACCAUCAACCUUCCGAGCCUCCAUCUCCGCCGCCUGUCCUACGCAAGUGCCUUCAAGGAGCAUUCAACCCUUGCCAGUCGAGCAGCACCACUCUCCAUUCCAAGCAUCAGCUGUGGGGAUGUACCGUCCCGGGCUGGCGCCUGUGCCGCCUACGCCCGCUGUUGAUAACGAUAAUGUUGAUCCGUUCGACAUGACUCCCAACUCGACCGUCUCGGACUACUUCACAACCGAGGCGAUCAGCAUCGAUGAUAUUGAUCCCUUGCAGACGGUUGAAGUCCACGGCUUCCCGAGUAUGGCCGGGAUCACGAGGAGGUUCUCCAACGUCUACAGACCUUCGCCGAUUCAGAUCUAG